CUUUUCAUAUUUUACUAUCGUUUCCCUGUGAAUUGAAGUAUAAUAAUGAGUAUAUAUCAAUAUUAUCUAAUUGUUUCUUCUAUCUCUUCUUAUAGUAAGUAACGUAUCGGUGAUUUAAAGGUUAAAUGAAGAAUCCUCGCAAAUCAUCAGGUAACAUCAUGAGGAAAUAUUAUCAGCUGUUCCUUGUUAUUGUUUGCUUUGUAAGCAUAAUUACUUUACUUAUUUACCGACAUGAAUAUUAUCGGCUACGUUAUGUCCUGGAAGUGCUAAACUUUUUUGGAAAACCUGGUCUUUCCGAGAUAGAAUUCUGCGGACCGGGUUUCAACGCCACAAUGCUCUCGGAAAUACUCCGAAACUCGUCAAUGGAGGUUCGUGAGACACCUCCACUAUUUCAAGAAAUAGAUGAAAAUUUUUAUUCAUAUUCCUCCUUCUUAAGAUCCUAUCAUAAGUAUGAAAAGUUAUCUCAAGAAAAUGCUCACAACAUUGAUACUAUUGUGAUCGGAAAAGCAAAUGUGCAGCCAAAUUUUCGAUGCAAUAUCUGGCUCGAAAACUCCUUGAAACCAAGAUCAGGAAGAUUUAAUUUCAAGAUUAUCUCAGAAUCUGAUAAAGCUUUUCAUUUAUACAUUUUUCAGUGUUCUUUAACAAAAAAUUUAGGAAAGCCUAAAGGAGUUAGUUUUUAUGUAAAUGAUUACAACAUUAAUCCAAUUAAUGCACCCAUCAACAGAGUAAUACAAGUGAAUACCAAGAGGAAAACCCGUGAAAAAACCAAUAUUAGAUUUGUCAAUAAUAUUGAACCAGCAAUGUGUGUGAUACCAAACCAAGUCCCCAUUGUUUCAAGGGAUGCUUUCAUAGAAUUUUUAGUUUACCAUCACAUGAUGGGGGUGAACUUCUUUACAAUUUAUGAUAGUAUGAUAUCAGAAGACAUUAUAAGGAGGCUGAACUUAUUACCGCCAGAUAUAACCCAAUGGAGCAUACAAUUCUUUCCAUUAAACUAUCCUUUUGUUUUUGCAAAGUCUUAUAACAUGGUGAGAAGUGCUAUUGAACUGGAUUGUCUGUUUAGGCACUUUAGAUAUGACAAAGAAGAUGCUGAUAAAGCCAGUCAUGCAGUGGUACUGUCAUGGGAUGAGUUUUUAGUGCCAAGAAUUCACAACAAUCUUAAGGCUUUAUUAGAUGACUUUGAUCCAACAAGAAAAGUGAGAAGCAUUAAUGUGAAACCAUUACUGUUUUGUUUAAACCAAUAUGAUGAUGACAAUGCUGAGAUUGGGUAUCCAGACAUCAUGAAGAAAACUCAUUAUUUCAAGUUACCACAGAGACUUACCUCUGCAUAUGUAAGGAAUUUAGAUUCCAUGACUACCUUUAAUGAUAUUUUUAAACUUAACUUGACUAUUAAAGAUAUACCUUUAGAGAUACUAGGUGUACAUAAGUAUACAGAAUGUAGGGACCCCAAGGUGUACCUAUCAGGUGGUGUUGGGUACAACGAGACGCAGAUGCAAGGGUUUCAGCAUAAGUUUGAAGGAGCCAUGUUGAAAUUUGGGCAGAGCUUAGUGAGCAAUAAGAUUUAUAGAUUGUAUACAUCUGGACAGAUCUGGGAGAAAGUUUCCAGUGAAAAUGUUAGAGAUAUGUUAUAAGUACCAAGUAGAUUGUAGCUUAAAAUUCUAAUCGGCAAAGCCUAUAUUGUUGGGUAUUGAAUUGUUGAAUGAGAUGGAGCAAAGAAUGUGUCAUUUUUAUUAAUAGUUACUAUAUUAACAGCAUUUUUAAUAUUUAGUGGUAAGAAUAAGAAUGUUGUCUGUGGUAUGCUGUCACUGGUAUGGACUUCUUUGUACCUACUCUAAGCAAUUAAUUCUUUUAUUUUUUACAGACUUGGAUAUUAUUGUGAAUUUGGAAAAGUUAUUACACUAUAUUUAUUAGCUGGUGUGUCUUCUCUCAACUAUUUUAAAUUACUAUUUGUACA